AUGCUGACGGCGGCUCCUCACCGCCUCUCUCCUCCGGCGGCGGCGCCGCCCUUCCCCCGCCCUCGCCGGAGGCCCUUCCGACCCGGUGCUCCACCACGACCCGACUCGGCGGCGGAAUCGGAUCGACCCGUCCGAGGCGCAUUUGGUCUCGACCCAGCCUUCGAAAUCGUACUUUGCGUGGCCCCUUAUGCCCCGACCCGAACAGAGCCGCCCGACCAUCACGGCCACGGCCCCAAGCAUCAGGACCAGCGCCAAGACCCCGAUAACGGGCCCGACCGACCCGUGGGCCGUAUGGGCCCGGAGAAAUCUUUGAACAGGAGGGAAAAUGAAGCUUUUUUCCAGCUUCUUGUUGAGGAUUUAAGUAAUAAGCUUUUGAGAAUGGAAAAUUUUGAAGUAGAAAAGAGUAAUGUGGAGUGUGGUGAAGGAAGUAAUACUAUUUGUCAAUAG